CUCCACAAAGUCAACCCACAAUGAGGAGAUUGGCUCACAUCUCCUUAUCCAUUAUCGAAUAUAUCAACCCAUUGAGCGCCUCACUCAAUAGCAUAGGAUUCUCCAUCACCAUUCCCAUUUCAAAUCUCUUCCCAUUGUUUUCAUGUCUCGUAAUGAUUACCAAACAAGGACUUCGUACCAGAUAAAACGGCAGCUCCAUGUCUCCAAAAGAAUGCCAUCAAACGAGGAAUGGGAUGGGAAGAAAGGAAGCAGCAAUAGUUCGAGUCCUGCUGCCGGUAUGGCUCCUCUUGGCAGCUUCGGAGCACCAUUUUCCCGCCUUUGCUUAUGCUCGCGCUAUUCAUUCAGGCAAGCUGCCGCUGCCCUUGCUCCUUCCUUCACCUGAAGAAACUUGUAGCAUUGUUAAGGCUAUUGCACAAGUACCAAAAGAAAGAAUGCUAACACAACGGAAAGCUCAUGGAUAUUCUGCUUCCUUACCCUUCUCAUUUCUUCUGGCGACAGCUGACUCAAAGCUUGGACCAGACCGACAGAAUUUAUACAUACCAAAGGAAAACAUCAGGUCUACUAUGGGCGGAGAAAAGAAGAUUCGUAGGACUCCAUCAGGGCCCAACCCAGCAGGAAACCAACAUCCUCCAACGAAGAAGCACUGAAACCUUGGGCGAGCUGCAGCAAUCUUCAUGUGGAAGUCGGUAGCAAAUUCUUGGGGUUAGACAUAGUCAGGGUAGGUUUAAGACCCAAUCUUCCGAAUGUACUGUGCAUACAAGUAGAAUUCAAUCUAACAUUCACAUGUUUCAGAAGCAGCUGCAGAUCUUUAGGAGAGAACUGCUAGUGCAGAAUGUAUACAUAUGACAGUGCAUUAUAUUAGAACUCACAAUUACAACAUCAGGCGUGAGCUCAAAAGUGAUGAGCACAAGAACGGGUGAAGGUUUGCACCAACCUUUCACUAUCAUAGCUGAGAUAAAACUCAGGUAUUGAUUUCAUCCAACUCCCAAAGAAAUACACGUGACAAAUGAAACUUAAAGAGAUCACAUAAAUAGGCAGGGUAAUAUCCAAUGACUACUACCAUGAUAUUGAAUCAGAUGAGCAGCAUGAACAAGAAUUACCGAGUAGCGACCAGUGCACCAGACUUCAGGGGAACUAAUUACUCUUCAGACUUGAGAAAGAUAACCAUCAAGCUCUAUUAUCUUAGCCAUGGUUCUAUCUCUGAUUUGGUUUUCCACAGUAUUUUCCUCCUAUCUGUUUUCUGUAGAAGCAAAUCCUAGCUUAUGCUUUCAAGAGUACCGAUA